UUCACCGUGGGACGACGACCAAAGAGAGGAUUGAACAAGGAGGGCGAGAUAGAUUGGUGUGUGUGUGUGUGUUUUUUUAAAGAGUGCCUAAAUUUGUCCAUCUCAGGCUUUUUCUUUGUUAACGUAAAAGCACGUUACAGGCCACACAACAGAAAACGAACUCUUAAAAUAGGUGCAGAUGCGUCUGGCGUAGCGUGGGGCUGAAACGCCCGAAUAUAGAGCAGCAAACAUUUGGAAUUACAAUCACUUCCUACCGCUUGGAAAAUCUGAAACUGGCCACAGAGAAGCCCGUUUCGAUAGGCCACGACCUCACAUCAGGACUUUGACGAAACCAAAACAAAGUGUGUAUGGAGCAGUGUGAGAAUGCCGCAUCUCUCCUGGCCUCCGUGCGAGAGCAGGAGAUGCAGUUUGAGCGUCUGACUCGAGCUCUGGAGGAGGAGAGGAGGAGUGUGGGGCCCUCCGGAACCCUUCCCCGCCCCCUCCCCACCCUGCAGAACGGGCGUGUCACUGGUGAUGUGGAUUUAGAACGGCUCAAAUUAAGCGAAGGAUACAUAAACGGGACACAGUACAGGAUGUUGGACCCUGGUCAUAUUGUUGAGUCUGUAAUGGUGGAGGAAGAUCCUCAUGAGGUACCGCCAGUAAUUUCAGUCGAAACCAGUGAUGAUGGCACAACACGCCGCACUGAGACUACAGUCAAGAAGGUCACAAAGACCACCACCACACGAUCAGUCAUUCCCUCUGUCUCUGACACACUCUCUGUGGACGGUACUGGUUCAGUCACCGGCAUGAGUUAUAACACCCCGAUGGACCGUGUGUACAGGCCACCAGGUGGACCCAUGGACUACCCCACUGCUACUGUCCCUCGUAACUACCACUAUGGACCUCCAGGCGGUUAUGACGACUACCGCAGCGGACCUCCUUCGGAAGCCUACACUAGCCUCAGUCGAGGAACUCGUAUGGAUGACCGCUACAGGCCUGUAGAUGGCUACCGCACACUGGACUCUGCUUACCGCGCACAGAGCCGGCCACAGUUGGACCCGUACGCAGCUCAGCCUCAGGUGGGACGUAUGGGCAGUGCUCUGGAGAUCACUGGGGUCCUGCAGCGAUUCGUCCCAGAGCCCUACGGCCUGGAGGAUGAUCAGAGGAGCCUGGGAUACGAUGAUCCUGAUUAUGGCAUGGGGACGCCAAUACACUAUAGCACAAUGCCCCGGCUAGCACAUGCACUCCAUGCCCCACCCCCACGUAGGACCGGGUCAUAUGAGGGCACACUGGAUGGCGAUAUGAGUGGAGCUGGUGAUAUGUAUUAUUGGGGAGUCGGAGCCCCAUUGGCUCAGGGAGAGAGAGGCAGCAUGGCAUCAUUGGACAGCACACUGCGGAAAGGCCCUGCCCCCAACACAUGGAGGCAGCCAGAACUUCCUGAAGUCAUCGCUAUGCUCAACUAUCGCCUGGACCCUGUAAAAAGCAACGCUGCAGCCUACUUGCAGCAUCUCACCUUUAAGAACGAUAAGGUGAAAUCAGAAGUAAGGCGAAUGAAGGGGAUCCCAGCCCUGGUGUCAAUGCUUGAUAACCCAAAGAAGGAGGUGCAUUACGCAGCAUGCGGAGCUCUCAAGAACAUCUCGUACGGACGAGAUCCAGAUAACAAGAUAGCCAUCAAGAACUGUGAUGGAAUUCCCGCCCUGGUGCGGCUAUUGAGGAAGACAAGGGAUCAGGACCUCACAGACACUAUAACAGGCACGCUGUGGAACCUGUCAUCUCAUGACUCUGUAAAGAUGGAGAUUGUGGAUCACGCGCUGCACGCUCUGUCUGAUGAGGUGAUGGUUCCACACUCGGGCUGGGAGAGGGGGAACGAAGGGGGAGAGGAGAGCUGCAAACCCAGACACUUGGAGUGGGAGACGGCACUCACCAACACUGCCGGCUGCUUAAGGAAUGUGAGUUCAGAGCGGAGCGAGGCCAGGAGGAAGCUGAGGGAGUGCUCUGGACUGGUCGACUCUCUCAUGUAUAUUGUCCAGUCACAGAUCAACUGUAAAGAUGUGGACAACAAGCUGAUAGAGAACAGCGUGUGUCUGCUGAGGAAUCUGUCCUAUCAUGUGCACCGGGAGAUACCAGGCUGUGAGCGCUACCAGGAGACGAUGCCCAUCAACCAAGGCCCCGUCCCUUCUUCCCAAAAGGGCGGUUGCUUCAGUUCCCGAAAGGGCAAAGACGAGUGGUUUUCUAAAGGGAAGAAAGAGGAUGAUGGGACUUCAGAUACUAUUGACAUUCCAAAGAGAAGCACUCCAGCCAAAGGCUAUGAGUUGCUUUUCCAGCCAGAGGUGGUGCGCGUGUACACUUCCCUCCUGAAAGAGAGCAAGAACCCAUCGGUUCUAGAAGCCGCAGCGGGAGCCGUACAGAAUCUGUGUGCGGGCCGCUGGACUUAUGGGCGGUACAUUAGAGCAAUGCUGCGACAUGAGCAUGGCCUGCCAAUGAUGACGGAGCUGUUAUCUCAUGGGAACGAUCGAGUGGUCAGAGCCAUGUCUGGAGCGCUGAGAAACCUUGCCAUUGACGCUCGCAACCGUGACCUGCUAGGUAAACAUGCAGUGCCUAACCUGGUGGCUAAUCUGCCGGGCGGUGGUCAGAGUCAGCCUGCGCGUGCGCUCUCAGAGGAGACGGUGGUGUCUGUUCUCAGCACUAUCGCAGAGGUGGUCGGGUCCAGCGUGGAGGCGGCCAAAACCCUGCGCAGCUCCCAGGGCAUCGAGAGACUGGUGCUCAUCAACAAAGACAGCAACCGUUCAGAUCGAGAGGUCCGUGGUGCUGGGCUGGUGCUGCAGAUAGUGUGGGGCUUCAAGGAGCUCCGCCGGACACUGGAAAAAGAUGGCUGGAAGAAAACAGACUUCAUGGUCAACCUAACCCCCCCUAACAACACCCGCAGCAACGGAGGAUAUGAGGACAGCACCUUGCCGCUAAUAGACAGAGGAGGCAAACAGGACAGGGACCGAGAUAUGAUUCCUCUUAAUGACAUGGGACCAGACGCUUACUCUACUCUAGACCAGCGAGGACGGAGAAACACUUUAGACGACACUCUGGAUCGUUCUGACAGAGAUGCACCUCAGGGAGGAAUGUAUGGGGAGAGGCGGGGCUCUCUGCCUCUUUUGGACUCUUAUGAUGGUUAGGUCACUCCCCCCCCCCCACUCAGUGCAUGAGCACGCAUGAAAAACUGAUCGUGUGCAUUACCCAACGUGAGUUUCCUCCUCCUGCCUACUGUCCCUGCUGAGCCUCUGAUCUCAUCACUUAUGGGAGCCACUAAUUGCAGCGACCCUUUCAUAGUUUUCAGCAUUCUCUUGUUGUCUCACACACUAACUUACACUGAGAUCAACGUGAUCAGAACAGCCACUACUUACAAUAGACACUACAGAAUGAAUCCAUUCCUUUUCGAUUUUUGUCCAUACUGCUUUCUUGUUUAUUUUGGUGAAAUAAUGGACUAAGGGAAACACUAGGGACUAAAAGAUCUAUUUAGUCUCAUCCCCAGUUUAUCCAGCUUUAUAAACCAUUUUCUGUUUUUGUUUUGUUUUCAGAAUUCCUUAUGCAUCUAUUAGAACACUAGUAUAGAAUGCCAUUGGUAUUUUGAUUAUUUUGAUACAUCUUGCUUUGUGGUUCACAGUGAUGAAAUGUGACCUGCGAAAAAUAAUGAAUAUAGAAUAUCUCAGUAAGUUUUAUGACUUGUCGCAUUGCAACAGGCAUAAGGCCUAUUUUUUGUCAUUGUUUUCUAAAAGCACUAGAUGACCACUCAACCUAACAUUACUCCCGCUAGGAUUUUCAUUUGUGGUUUUUAUGGAUGAUCAUGCCUUGAUGAUGCAUUACAAUAGAGGCAUUCUGAGCUUUUUUGAAACCAGUAGCAUUCAAGAAUGAUCUCUAGUGGUAGCUGAAGACAGUUGCAUUAUUUGGGACAUAGCCAUGUGGUUCUGAAUACUGAAUCUCCAAAAUGUGUGACUCCUUAUGCAAGUAGUAGCUUGUAAGUAUUUGCAAAGCAUCUCAGAGUGGGAGAGCGUUUUUUUUUUUUUUUUUCUUCCCCUUUGGUUUGUUCUUUGUAGAAAACCCCUGUAUUUUUUUUAUAAACAUGGUAAAACAGCCACAGCAGAGCUGAUUUAGGAAGAGCCUUAAAAUUUGAGACAAAAGCUCCCACUUUUCAAAAUUUUGUGGGUCGAGGCCCUACUGGUGGGCUCUGUGCUAUUCCACUUUCGUCUGAAUAUAAAUGAAUGUGUAAAUAUGACUGUCUCACAAAUCCACUCUGUGUACUUUGAGUGCCUCGCUUGCUAAACAGUGAAAUGUGUCGUGAGUGAGUGAGUGUUUGUGAUAGGCGGUGUCCAGUAGAGUGCACAGGGACAUUCGGCCACCCUUCUGCCUCAUGGUUCCAGUGCCUGUCUGUGUAGAGAGCAAACGAGUGUACAUUUGAGGAUGUUUAGGCAUUGUUUUUUCCUGAGAUCCGUAAGUACAGUGCUUGUUCCUUAGACUGCAUAUUCCAAAUGCACAGUAAGUCUGUUGUAGAUAUUUACUGAAUGGAAACUCUAGCACUAAGAGUCGAUGGAUUGUUUUGUUUGCUUUGGACACUUUUUAUUUUAUUUUUUAUAAUUAUUUUUCCCCCCAGUGCAUUUUUAAUCUCGCCUUCUGCCUUGUCCAAUACUUAGACACUACAGACAGUUAAUGGAAGAUUGGUUGUUGACUAAAUCCAUAUGAGCCACAAGUCCAGAUUGCGGAGACUGUUUGCCUGUAAGUUUGAGGAAUCAAUCGAUCAUUUAGGCAGAAAUGGAGUGUUUUAAUUACAAAAACGUACAAAUCACUUACAGGCAGGAUUUAGCCAGAGUUCAGACUUUAAUUCUAGCUUGAUAAGAAAAUAAGAUAAUGUUAAAGCACAUUGAACUAUAUAUACCAGAGAAUAUUUGUUAAUGUUAAUUAUUUUUUUUCCUCUUGUCAUUUUGCCCUUCCUUUUCUAUAUUUUAUGAUUGGGACUGCUUUUGUUUAUUUUUGGGGGGGUUGUUGUGGGUAAGUGCAUAUGCAAUCAGUUUUAUUUUUUAAAUAAAUGCAUUUAUGGUUUCGAUCUUUUAAUUAAAGACAAAAGGAAAAAAAAAUCUUUGUGUCGUGCUGUCAGUUGACUAUGUUUCUCUGCAACAUUAAGAAGUGGAUCUUGAUUUCAUAAUUCCUAUAUUUCAACACUUCACAUUUGGUCUUAAACAAUGCACCUUUCUCAUCG